AUGGACCAUCAGCCUCUGUAUAGUCCACUGGACCCAUCGACCCGUCAGAUCAGACUGCUGCAAGUAUCAUGUACCGAGGUUGAUGAAGACUUCGCGCCCGUCAUUUGCAGGCUGGUGACCGCCUCCCUGGACGAUCCUUCAAUCAGAUAUAUAGCACUGUCUUACGUCUGGGGAUUCGAAACAAGCCAGACUCCACUCGUUGUCGAUGGCAAGGAAUGCAACAUCACUGCAAAUUUGUUCGAAUUCUUGGUUCGAUAUCGGAAAAUCAGCUACGUCGUGCCACAGUGGGAGCUCGCAAAUUUUCCUGUGUGGAUUGACGCAGUGUGCAUAAAUCAAGAGGACAUUCCUGAGAGGAAUAGCCAGGUCCAGAUGAUGGGGUCCAUAUACCGAUCCGCGACACGAACCAUCUCCUGGUUAGGCCCUGACAGUGUCGGCAGUGAAUCCGCCAUGAAAGUCAUGAGGCGUAUCUGGCCCAAGGUCAACGACUCCAUGCGCAAACAAGAUUUGCUCGCAUGGCUGAGUUCUGAGGAUAUGAGUCUCUGGCAGAAAGAUACACAAAGCGCUAAUAGAACGGGAUUCAGUACUGGUAACGAAUUUUGGGACAGCUGGAAAGACAUAUUUUCCAGAGCUUAUUUCAGUCGUUCGUGGAUCACACAAGAGCUUGUGCUAUCAAGGAACGUCGUGGUGCUCUGUGGCCAACAGACUCUUCCCCUUGCCGCUUUCCUGGUCAUCUGGGAAUGGCUCCUUCGCAUCGAAGGCACGUCUUGUCCAGAACAGGUGGAUUCUAAUAUCUGGUCAUUUCUGUCGUCCAGAGAGGGGCGCAGGCUGCUAGGAUGGGGAGCGAUGAAUAAAUGGCCGAACUUAAGGGAGCUCAUGACCAGAUCGAAGGAUGCGAGAGAGGAACACCUUCUUCUCAUUUGGCAUGAACUUGUGCUCCAUACGCGUAUCCUCCAGGCCACGGACCCUCGGGAUAAGCUUUACAGCGUGCUGGGUAUGGUCGAUCGGAAAUUCAAGCCAGACUACUCUGCUUCCAUUGAGGAUGUCUUCUACGACUUUGCCAAAGAGUAUAUCUACGCUGAGAAACGGUUAUCGGUCCUGCGCGAGGCUGGGCAUGGUACAUUUUUCGGUACGCCAGAGCACCCUCGACACAGACUGUUUGUUCCAUCUUGGGUUCCAAAUUGGGAUGCGCUAUCCAAAGAGCUUACCUGGGGCCAGUUCUAUCAUGGUAGUUAUCGGCUUUCUGCGGAUUUGAAUCUCCAACAAGCCAUUGGUCCACAGUUCAGUGAGUUGUUGGAGCACGAAGGUAGAGGUUACUGGAAGAUUGUUGGAAGAACCUUGACGGCUCUUGGCUUGGUAUGUGACAGCACUGUCGCUGUCCAUCGUCUGGGAGUCGAUCAUGAGUCCUGGGGUUCAUUCUGCGAAAGCUACGUCUCAAACUGUGGAGAGCAUAGUCAAUAUGUGACGGGCAUCCCAGCACUACAGGCGCUCGCAAGAUUGAUCUUUCUUGACCAAGAUCCAAUUUCCAGAAACGACGUUGAUGAUUCGACACUGGCCAAAGACAUGCUCAGAAUUUGUAUCCUUGGAAUAAUCCUCAUGGGAUCUCCGGCUCAAAGUAUGGUCGAGAAAUUCGGCCUGACAUCUCAGCCAAGCCUAGUCAAGAAAUUCCUGGGGUCUGGAGAACUAGCAAGUAAUUUCCUCGAGUCCGGAGAACUUGCGAAAGAUCUCGUGGACAUCUCGGCCUUGCGCAUCCACCUUCCCAAGCUCACAUCGGAUAGACUCUCAUUAGUGCUGAAUUACGUAGCAUUCUGGACAUCUGAUGGUUAUCUAGGCUGGGGCCCACCAGGGAUGGUGGCAGGAGAUGAUGUCUGUGUCAUGGUUGGUUGCGACGUACCAGUGGUGCUUAGACGUGUUGGGGAUCACCACAUCCACAUUGGGCCAUGCUGGGUAUUGGGACUUAUGAAUGGAGAGGCUCUUGAUAAGGCAAUGAAUAGCCAGGCGGGCCUUUCGAGCUUUGACAUAGUUUGA